CUUUCAGGUUUCUUUUUUCUUAAUGUUCCAAAUUGUAUACAUUUAUGACUCUUACACGCUUGAUUUUUAAUAGUUUGAAUUCUAUAUGUUUUCAUUUAAGGUUCGCCAUCAUGAUACAUCUGAAAAGAGUGAACUUCACAAGCUUCAACAAUUAAACGAUGAACAAUGUUAGACUUGUGCUUCUUGGUCUAAAACCAAUCAGAUUACAGGUGCAAUAUCCUAUGCAUCCAUGUCUUUCAGAAUUCCCUUCGAAUAAUUUUUACGAAGAUACCCUCCAAAAUGGAGUUACCAUAAACGAAAGGCAAUCAACAGGCAUUGAUUUUCCAUGGCCUGUCCCAAAUCACUGCAUGUUUUUUUAUGUCCAGAUGGGACAAGAAGAAAUAAGUGCUAUUGGGACAUUCUAUCUUAACAGAACAGUUGCUGCAAAUGUUGAAAAAAUAGAUACUACUUUUUUAAUAAGUGUAGUUCCAAGUCAGAUAGGGGUUAUAACACCAUACGAAGGCCAACGUGUAUAUAUUGUUAAUUACAUGUCAAGAAACGGUGCACUUACUUUACAAGGACAUUGAGGUAAUCACAUUUUUUCAUAAAUUCAUAUAAUUUAUGAGUUACAUCAUGUAUACUCAGGUUGCAAGUGUGGAUUCAUUCCAAGGGAGGGAAAACGAUUACAUUAUUUCGUCAUGCGUCAGAAGUAACAAACAUCAGGGUAUUGGAUUUCUGAAUGAUCUACGUAGGCUUAAUGUUGCACUUACUCGUGCUCGAUAUGGUAUUGUGAUUCUUGGAAAUCCAAAAGUUCUUAGUAAACAACCAUUAUGUAAUGGCUUACUCACGUACUAUAAGGUCAUACCCUAUAACAUCUAUGAAAAGACAAUAAUACCAUUCCCCCAAUAAAUAUCAUUUUGUUUAUGUUGAGACCAGGAGCAUGAGUGCUUGGUGGAAGGACCUCUCAACAACUUGAAGCAAAGUAUGGUUAUAUUUCAAAAGCCAAAAAAAGUAAUGAUAAUUUAUCAAUAAUAAAUUCAUAAUCCAUCGUCCUUUUUAAUCUUUCAAGUUCAUUAUUUAUUUCCUUUGUGAAAUAUAUCAUCUUACAAUUACUUUUAUUCAAAAUGCAAUGAUGUUAUAUUAGACAACUAGA